UUUUCGAUAAAUGGGGAAGAUAUCUUUAGCCUUGAUGGGAAAACGCAUAUUCAAUCCGUGCCUCUUCGUCAUGCGAAGCUACCUCCUUCUUGCUUAGCACAUACAUAGAUAGCGAUGAGUCGGUGUCUUGUCCUACUGAGCUCGCAACCUGCCUCGCUCUCUCUUUACCUGCUAUUACGAGGUCUAUCGUCUACAUGGAAGGACAUCCCAGAUUUCGCAUAGCCAUUUGUGGUGGGGGAAUCGGUGGGCUUUCUCUCGCUGUCGUUAUUGGCAAGUACUGCAAGGACGUCGAAAUCGAUUUGUUCGAAGGGCUACCUCAGUUCACGGAAAUCGGUGCAGGCAUUUCGGUGUGGAAACGGACGUGGUUCAUCAUGCAGGAACUCGGUCUUGAUGAAACUCUGGGGAAAUUGGCGUUAGAGCCGCCUGUAGAUGAGAUAAAACCCGGUUUUUGUUACAGGAAAAGCGACCAGCCAACAGAGGGCUUCAAUUUCAAUCGUAUGAUCGUACCUUACGGAUCAAUUACCCUCCACCGUGCCGACAUGUUGAAAGUCCUCACGGACAAUUUACCUCCGCCGUCAAUGUUUCACGCACACUUCAACAAACGGCUUACAUCGUACUCCACAAAGAGUAAUUCCGUGAUUCUCUACUUUGCGGAUGGUACGUCCUUUGAAUCGGAUAUGUUAGUAGGAGCGGAUGGUAUCAAAUCCGCGACACGCGCGAAAAUGUACACAUCAUUAGCGGAUAGAGCGAAGGAAGAAGACAAGAAAGCCCAGUUGAAGUGUUUUGUGCAAGCCGAAUGGUCAGGAACUUACGCUUAUCGUGCGUUGGUGGAUACGAACAUGUUAUUGAAAGUGGCGCCUGGCCAUCGCGCUGCUUCACUUCCGAUGAUGUAUUGCGGAAAGGACAAACAUGUCGUCUCCUAUCCGAUAUCUCAAGGAAGGCUCGUAAAUCUCGUCCCUUUUGUUACUGUCCCGAGUGGAGAGGGAAAACAACUCGACGGCCCCGCUGUGGUCGACGUGACGAAGCAAGAGAUGCUAGAUCAAUAUAAGGGUUGGGAGCCGGAAGUCUAUUCCCUCCUUGACAGUUCCGAGAAGGUACAGCGAUGGGCAAUCAGCCAUAUACGUGGGUUGCCAACAUACGUGGACGGUCGAGUCGCAAUAUUGGGAGACGCGGCUCACGCCAUGACUACUCAUCUGGGCGCAGGAGCCGGUCAGGCUAUCGAGGAUUCAUUCAUUCUCGGAAAACUCCUUGCCCAACCAGGAGUAAACAAAUCAAAUCUCGCUUCAGUACUACGCGUCUACGACGCCGUUCGUCGACCAUUCGGAAAUCACAUCGUCGAGCGCUCACGUACGUCGGGGUUCUUAUACGAGUUCAAUAAUCUCCCGGAUGACAUCGACGAAGCACUCAUUCGUGCCGGCUCGGACGUAGAGUUGGGGAAAUUGACACGAGAGAUAUAUAAGAAGUGGGAGAUUCAGUGGAGUGCGUUGCCGAAUGUUGAGUGGAAAGAGGCGGAACGGAGGCUUAAAGAGGUGGUUGAGACGUCUGGUCCGAAGACUUCGAGGCUGUAGGUAUCUUAUUUU